AUGUGCGAAAAUGGUUCAGAAUAUAAUGAUACUGUUGAUCCGAGAGUUCAUGUUGAAUUAGAGAGAUUGAAUAAUGCAACAGAUGAGAUUAACAAGCUAGAAGUAGAAUUGGACGAAUGUCGAACAGCAUUUAAACAACUUUUGUGUGAAAGUACGCUAAAAGUCGAUGCAAUUCGCGUCAAAUUGGGUAUGUGCGUCGAAAGUAGUGAUGUGCAAAAGUGCUACUUUCAAAUAACAGUUAUAACUGUUACUGCUAUUUGA